AUUACCGGGCUACAAGGGAGGUCGCAGAGCGAAGCGUUCACCCAGUGCUGCAUGCUGGGAGUAAAGACUUGUGACGUCAUAAAGAGGCGAUCUAGAAACCAGGUGGUCUGGCGCUCAGGGGUCCCCGUUGCCUGCUUGUUAUGUAGGGGGUGAAGUACAUGUGUUGGGAUGUCUCACACGGAGGACCGCCGCUAUGUGGAGCUGUGUCAAGACUCUGUCCGUCUGACUGCAGAAAGUGUGGGGUUUGAGAUCACUGAUGAAGUGGCUGCUCUGCUGGCUGAGGAUGUAUGCUACAGGCUUCGGGAAAUCACACAGUUCAGUGCACAGUGUCUCAGGCACUCUCGGAGGAGAAGACUUACAGUGGAGGACUUCAACCGAGCAUUACGCUGGAGCAAUGUAGAGCCAAUAUAUGGACAUGGAUCCCCAGACCCGGUAUCGUUUCGCAGUGUUAGAGAUGGUGACUGUCAUUGUGCUGAGGAUCGUGAUAUAAAUUUGGUGGAACUGGCGUUAGCCACAAACAUUCCCAAAGGAACUGCAGAGACUGCUGUAAGAGUUCAUGUAUCUUAUCUGGACAGUAAAGGAAACCUGGAGCCACAAGGGACAGUUCCUGCUGGUGUAUCAAUGCUAACAGAUGACCUAUUGAAAUAUUAUCAGCGUGUGACGAGAGCUGUCCUAGGGGAUGAUUUGAAUCUUAUGAAGGUGGCACUUCAGGAUUUACAGACAAACUCAAAAAUAGCUGCAUUGUUACCAUAUUUUGUGUAUGUUGUGAGUGGGGUCAAGUCAGUGAGUCAUGAUCUGGAGCAGCUGAGUCGUCUGUUGCAGUUAGUUCGGUCUCUCCUGUCAAAUCCGUAUCUGUAUUUGGGAAGUUACGGCUGCAGUCUCAUGCAGAGUGUAUUGUACUGUGUAACUGAGCCGCUUGCUGCCUCCAUAAACCCACUAAAUGAUCACUGGACGUUACGAGACUAUGGAGCGGGAUUACUGAGUUGCAUAUGGACACAUCGGGACUUGGAAGGUUCACUGUAUACACAGGUUUUGCAAUCUCUGCAAAAAGUUUUGGGAGACCCUGUCCGCCCUUUGUGCUCCCAUUAUGGUGCUGUGGUUGGUCUCCAUGCCCUAGGCUGGAAGGCAGUGGAACAGGUGUUGUACCCUUUGCUACCAACUUACUGGUCUGGAUUGCAAACCGUGCUAGAUGAUCACUCAAUGUCCAAUGCACAGGUUAAGGCGGAUGGCCAUAAGGUCUAUGGAGCCAUUCUAGUUGCUGUGGAACGCCUUCUGAAAAUGAAAGCUAAAUACUGUGAGAAAGAUGCAGGCCCCUCUCCCCAUGAUUCGUACUCUACACUCCCUCCUGCCCCCACUGUCUCUCUGCUGGAGAUGUACAAUGAGUUGUAUUGCUUUUUUGGUGACAGCUUAGCUGUUCGCUUUGGGACUGGAGGAACUCCAUCACAACCAGGAACAAUUUCUAGAUGCCAACAAGAGCCAAAAAAGGAAAACUCAGUGGAUGGGGCAAGGAAAAUGCCACAGUUGACAGCUCAUGCAGAAGAAGAAGUGGCUAACCCUAGCAGACAACCUCAACGACCUCCUCAGAUCUCUCUAGCUUCAUCUUCACGCCCUCGAGGGGCUUCACGGCAGGGAGUAAGAGACGCAUUCCAAAGGAGUAGACUUGCACCACGUGGUUCUCCCCGCUUCACCUUCCUUAUAGGAGGUAGACAAGCAGGUCGUGGGGGCAAUGGUCGGAGGUUUCAGAGUGUCUUCCAGCUACACACUGGCCCUUCUGCCACUGCUAGCCGCUAUGCCCAAAAGUUGCCAAUGAUCGGAAGAAUGACAAAACCUGGACGCAGAGGAUCCCAGGCUGAACUUUCACUUUAUUUACCAUUGUGAUCAAGAUCAGACAAUGUGCUGCUGAACAACAGCCUGAAGAACAUGUGUUUAUGGUUGAAUCAUAUUGCAGUGCACUACAUUUGGAAUCUGCUUCCCUGACUGAUCAGCAUUGGCAGCUUAAAGUACUACCUGCUACGGACAACAAAUCAUUGUGUAUUUUGUACAUUGGAAUAAAUGCAAAAAUACAUGAUCUUAAAAGGAAUAUGCCACCAAUGCCACCAUGUCUAUACUGCCCUCCCUGCGGGCAGCAUUAAGUAGUGAGUGACUUGCUGUUGGUUAUAUGUACCCAUGGUGUAUUUUUUGUGAAAGUUGCAGCACUCGCAUCGUGAUGUGAACCAGGAGAUGGCAG